GGUCUGAGUCGCGCAGCUGCGCAGUUUGGAUCCGAGUCUGUCUGCAGGCAUUUACGCUCUGCUUUCUUGUUCUCUUUACAACUCUUUAAAAACAGCAACGAUGAAGGAAAGAAGAAACACACAGCCAUUGGUAAUUAGAUGUAAACUGGUCCUGGUUGGUGACGUGCAAUGCGGGAAAACAGCAAUGCUGCAGGUUCUUGCAAAAGAUUGCUAUCCAGAGACGUAUGUGCCCACUGUGUUUGAGAACUACACAGCAUGCCUGGAGCUGGAGGAACAGCGUGUAGAAUUGAGUUUGUGGGACACAUCAGGUUCUCCUUACUAUGACAACGUGAGGCCUCUUUGUUACAGCGACUCCGACGCCGUGCUCCUGUGUUUCGACAUCAGCCGUCCAGACACUGUCGAGAGCGGACUCAAGAAGUGGAAGACAGAGAUCAUGGACUUCUGCCCCAACACACGCAUCCUGCUUGUUGGCUGCAAAACGGACCUGCGCACGGAUGUGUGUACGCUGAUGGAACUAUCCAAUCAGAAACAAACACCCAUCACACAAGAGCAGGGUUCAGCCAUGGCCAAGCAGCUUGGGGCCGAGGCAUACCUGGAGUGCUCAGCCUUCACAUCAGAGAAAAGCAUCCACAGCGUUUUCCGCACCGCGGCCCUGGCUUGCGUCAACAAGCUUCAGCCGCUGGCUAAGUCUAGCCCCAACCGCCGCCUCUCCAAACGCCUUCUCCACCUGCCCAGCCGCUCCGAGUUGCUCUCUUCCACCUUCAAGAAGGAGAAGGCCAAGAGCUGCUCUGUCAUGUGAACGGCGGGGGGGGGUUGUUACUCUCCCCUCUUCACCUCGCGAGCGUCACCCUCCCCCGUGCUUUGGUCCGGGGAAGGGGGGUGGGUUUUUUCCGAUGUCCUCAUCGCCGAAGGCUUCGUCUGGGAAUCCUUCCUCACCCCCCGGCAAAAUGCAUUUCAGAACAAGUGGACACUGUGCUGUCCGCUUUGUCCUGAUCUCUACACCAGUGCAUACCUGUCUUACACAGUGCAGUAUUUUGCUUUUCUCGACCGAGGUUUGAUCAUCAGCCGCCAUCUCUUCAUCCCUUGCUGUGUUAAGAGAAUUUGUGGUUCGACUUAGUAAAUAAGGAACCAGCGUUUAAGCAUAUGAGGUCUAGUAACGUGACAUAAAUGUGACAAUAGUGUACUACUGGCUCUGAAAUGUCAACUAUAUUCUUUUAAAAAUAAUAAUAAUAAUUCAGACGUAUAGAAUAUGUACAAAAGAGAGUGUAUGAGCGUAAGGCUCCAUUUGGAGGAGCAUAAUGAAGCUGUGUAAGGUCCAGGUUAUUAUAGAGGUGUUAGAGGAAAGAGGUUGUUGGCCAUAAAGGCUUAUCUGGCAUUCUGAUGCUGAUUGAAUUGGCUGCUGUGCAGACUGGAUACUGUAAUUCUGUUGGAAUCUGCCUGUAAUGUUGGGCUUUUUUUUGAACAGCCAAACAUUAAGACGGUCGAACGUUAACGUAAUUGAUGAAGCAAGGACAGAGGGGAGGGGAAGCUAAAACAAAUUUGUAGCCAGCGUUUCUCAAAAGGCAACCAAAGACAAGCUUGCUGUUCCCUCUGAUUAUAUACACCUGAUGUAAGUGCUUCUGCAUUUAAAGAGACAAUAACUAAUUGGCCAAGAGAGAAAGACGGAGAUGUAAUUGCUGGCCCACUGGUACAUGAGUCUCCUACGUAGUGAUGAUAGAGAGCCAUGUAUCUCUGAGCCUUGGGGAACUCCAAAUCAUCCAACGUAAAGCUGAAUUAGAGGUUUAAGUUCUCGAUUUAAGUUCUCUUGUUCCUGAGAGCUGUUGUAGCACCAUGUUGAUGUUUGCUCAAUUGACAUGGAUUUGAAAUCAGUCUAAAUGUAUGCAGACGACAUCGUCUUUUGAUCAACAUUUAUUAAAUCCACAUCCGAUUGAAAUCGAACCAUCUUCACCUUUCAUGUAUAAUGGGUUUUAUACACAUUUCCCAAAAAUCUCGAUGUAGCACUCCAUCAUCUCUGUUUCUUGCCUUGUUUCCCCGAUCAGCUCUACAGAUGUCUCGAGACAGACUUUUUUCUUUCUUUCUUUUUUUUGUGCGGACCGUUCGGUAAAUAUCUAACUAAAUACGACUCCUAACUGAAUUCUUAAGCUUGGACAGUUCUUGUGCGCAGUGCCGCUCUCAAAUCAAAAACACACAAAAAAAUCUGCUUUUAACCACAAAGCAAUAACGAUUGACGUGCUUGUGACGCAAAGUAUAUAGAGUGGCAAUAAGAAGAAAAAAAAAAACAUGCUUUGUGAUUCUACCGUCAUGCGACAGCUUUGUGGUCGUGCGUGGCCGUGCCUCCAUUACUGCUGUAAAAAAACAAGCCAGUCUUAUCGUAAUUCUGUUGUAGCAAGGGUUUUUUUUUUUUUUCCGUGGAGUAAACCUGUGUCACAAAGUAACGUUGGAUUUAUAGGAUGAACAACCCAACCAUUCAAGUGCAGCAUAUUAACGUAACAUUUCUGGUCAGGACGGCGUAUGGGAUCGGGACAGGUGACAGCUCUAGGGAUGUUGAGGGCAACGCAGGCGUUACAUGGGUCUCUGAAUAGAGAAACUAUCUAGGAAGCCUAUUUUUUAUAACAAUCAUUAUAACUCUGCUUAUAUUCCUUAAUAAUCCAUUGUAAGCAUUUUAUUGAACUUUUGUUGCCUCAUAAAACAUAAUGUACCAUGCCUGUGUCAAUAUUAUAACUUGUAACAGUGUACGUUACAAUCUUUACAACUAAUAAUGUAAUACACAAACAAGAAAGUUACAAUUACAGUAUGUAGCACCUAGCCACUGUAACACCGCUCCAUCUGACAGAACUAAUGUAGACAGUUAAUGCAGUGCAAUUAAAAUCGCCCAGCUAAAAUUCUAAGUGUAAAAUUUAAUACGUUAUUAUGAAUUAACAGCGCAAUAGUACAAAUAACCUGGAACGCAUGUAUGUUAAAAGAACAAAUGGACUUUUAAGUCAUGGCCUCAACACAAAUGUAUGGCCCGUUUAAUAUAUCUAACAGUUGACAUUGGUCACUUUGUCUGUUUUUAUAUAGUAAUAAAUUGUCAGACUUAAAUUUACAAUUUUGAAGUGAUGAGUUGUUCCGUAGCUCUCUCGCCUUGCACCUCCAGGGUCCGGGUUCGAUUCCCAGCAAGGCUUCA